AUGCGGAUUCUUUCUUCGUCCCAUACUUCUGCUCCCGUUGUUGAUGUUGUCGCAUUACAGUUGUACAGUGAAGUUUUUAGAUACAAAAAAGACAUCCAAAUCUGCACAACGAAAGAGAGUUGUGUACGCUCUACUCUUCGUAGUCGUUUAAACGCACACUUUAUGCGCCGAGGAGGAGGAUUAGGAGGAGAGAACAACAAGGACGACGAGAAUACUACCACUACUACGAGUACUACUCGCGACGAGCGGCUGUUACUGAGCAAAACAAACAACACCAAUGCGAAGGUGAUGAUGAAAUUUCCCGUUAAGAAACGAGCGUUGAACACCAAGAAGAACAAUCGAGUCGUUCGAUAUGUGCUCGUUUUUUUACUCGCGCUAUUCGCGUUUCGGAUUUUCUUUUUAACAGAAAUCGGAGAGUUUAAUGGGAAGGAAACGAGGAACGAGACGAGGACGAAAGGAAGCGGUGAUCGAUUGGUUUUGUUUUUGAAAGAUUUGGUUUUGGGCAUUCGGAGUAAAGAUGAGACGAGUUUCAAAGCGCCGUCGUCAUCGUCAAUGGAUUCGAUGGAAGACGAUUACCAAGACGACUUGAAAUGGGACGAAAACCUCGAGCAAAAUCUCAGCGAGAAGCAAGAGGAGCGAAAGUUAGAAGCGAGGGAGAAACGGAAGCAAGAUCACCUGUUGGAUUUACCGUCGAAGAAGUUUCGACUGGGGACGAUAAUACCGGACGUGAAUUCCGGCAGGUGUCGGUCGAGACACCCGCCGGAUUUCUUUAAACGGCAGAUAUGGAAAUCGUUCGAGUUGGAUCCGAAGAACGCGCCGUUGAACGCGAGUUUGAUUGAAGAGGCGAGGAAGUGUUUGGUAUUGGACGUCGACGAUACAAAUGACGACGGCGAGGAUGACGGUACGAACGCGAUUCAGCUGACGAAGUCGUUUUUAGAGAAAUUACCGUUAGUGCGAGGAUCUAGGGUGAUGAAGAUGGUUUUGGAAGGGGACAUUCCAAACGGCGUGUCGCCGAGGUUGGAGAUUCCCACGGAGUAUUUGGACGACGGGUUGAUUGGACGAGCAUUUAGUAGUAGUAGUGGUAGUAGUAGUAGUAGUAGUAGUAGUAGUAGUCGCAGUAGUAAAGAACGGAAAGAGUUCCCGAGAUUUAAGACGUGCGCAGUCGUCGGUACGUCUGGAACGUUGAAGGAAAAGGCGCUAGGAGAGCAAAUAGAUAAACACGAGGCGGUUAUUCGAACAGAUUUAGGACGGAUAGUUGGAUUCGAGAAAGAUGUAGGCGCGCGAACGACGUUUGAUUUCGCCGCGGCGAACGAUUUGCGCAAUUUGGUUUCAAACAAAAAUGCCUUUGCCGGUCGCGAAGAAGACGACGACGUGGAACCAGAAGACGAUAGCGAGUUGGAGAAUGAAAACGAAGGCGCAAAAAUGCGAAACGCGAAACGAAGACGACGCAGAAACGCGUUACAUCCGCAAACGCUCGAAUCGAUCGUGGCGAGAAACUCGACGAUUGUUUUACACGAACUCUUCAGUCGCGCGGCAUUGAGAGGUACCUACCCUCCUUUCAUACGCGCAUUCGAGCAACUUCGUCGUUCUGAAGAAGAGAAAGGAGGAGUAAGAGUAGACAGCGGUGGUGUUCCUUCCGUUGCUGCCAUCGAACCUCGCCUCCUCGUCCGCAUCCUCCAAACCUUCCACCGAGUCGCCAACGCGCUCGACCAGAACUCCCACGAAACCGGAGCCCCAUCCGGCGCGAGAGAUAUCUCCUCCUCUUCUCGCGCUCCAAUAUCCAUCGUCGCCACUUUAUUCGCGUUACAAAUUUGCGACAAAGUCAACGCGUUCGGGUUAGCGCCGCCGUUAGCGGUUCAAUCCUCCUCCUCCUCCUCUGGUAAACUCGACGCCUCCUCUUCCGGCGACGAAAAAAUUGGACGAACGCGACCGACGUAUCGAAACUACUGGGACCGAAAUUUCGCGCACGUCGGGACGUUAAAGAAACACGGCUUAAGAGAUGCCGGGUGGGAAGUCGCCAGAGCGAUCGGCCAGUGGCCGUGUUCCGGAGGCCAGUUGCGCGUCAUCGAUCCGAAGCCCACCGUGAAAGAAUAA